UCGUAAAAAAAGUGAAUUCUGAGAACUAACAUGUCGUUUAAAUCCGAAGAGUCUACCCGGCUAAUAUUUUUUAGUAGUUCCUACAACAAAUGUCAUUGAACAUCGGUAUUAAACAAUUUUUUUGUAGCACCUGUUCCAGAAAAGACUAGCGAUAUCUCAGUAAGUCUCAGCUGAAUUAAUAAUUUACUUAUUAGGUACUUUGUGUGCAAGAAAGCUUACCAGCCAGUAUUGUUCUUGCAACAUCUUCCGCUCAGUGGGCAUGUUACACUUAUAUUUACUAAGUCACGGAAAAAUUCGUUGUUUUCUUUGGUCGAGCAGGACCUCUGAUAAGAGGAGGAUCUAACAGAAAUUAUCAACCCCAGACACGUUUUUUUCAAAUAAGUAUCUGAGAUGCUGCAGCUGCAUGUAAUGUUCAGCAUCGAGGUAAAGUUGUAUUUAUUUCUUCUUGGUACAUCAGCGGCGACCAGUGUGGCUUCUUACCCAAACUGUGACCAGCUCUCGUCAACCGAGCUAAGUUUUGACGUAGAAUACUGGGAGACAAGCCCAUAUACAAGUUGCCGAGACACAAAGCAGAUGAGCUUGCAGUCCUGUGCAGAGGCCGGCUUCCUUGGUACAUUCCUUCGCCAGAUGAUCAAGCCCUCUAAAAUUUCCUUCAAACCAACUGAGAAAAAAUUCCAAAAGACUUCUUCGAAUAACACUCAAAAUGUAACCAUUGCCAUACCUUUUAUGAUAAAAAGGAACACGGACGAUCCAUGUGAGAUUAAAGUACAUCACUCCAAAGGACCAGCCUACAUUGCUAAGAGAAACCGGAUGAAGCCAUUGGAACAACUUGGAGGCUCGUUUAUUAACGGAGGACAGAUUAUCGGUUUGACCCUCAUCCUCACGGUUAUAUCCGGGGUCUUUAUAUGGAUACUAGAUCGCCAUAAGAAUCCGGUGGACUUUCCCCCUUCGUUCAUCAGUGGUUCCUGGCAGGGCUUUUGGUGGGCUUUCGUGACAAUGACUACUGUUGGGUAUGGAGACACAUCUCCCAAGUCCGUGCCAGCUCGUUUAUACAGUAUUUUGUGGAUGUUGUUGGGCAUGGUCGCCUUCUCAGUUCUUACAGCCAAUGUCACGAGUUCUUUGAAUUAUGAAAUUGAAGAAGACUUGAAUCUAUUUGGCAAAACGGUUGCAGUUUUGAAUGGAAGUUUGGCGAGACGGGUGGCGGUGUCAGAAGGGGCAAAAUACAAAGAAUACAAAGAUUUAGAUGGAAUGAUCGCUGCACUAGUUGAAGAGAAAAACCCGCCCGUAAAUGGUUUCCUAAUUGAUAGACAUGUAGCUGUAGCAAGUCUUGAGCAACUUACAGGCAAAACUCUGGCUAUAGGCCGAACUGUUGACUACGAUUACUACAUUGGAAUGAGCGUAACUCCGCCCUACAACUCAACACAAGUGUGUAGCAUGAUAAAGAAAUGCGCAACGGAUGUUCUAAAUAGCAAUGACUUUGAACUAAGAGCGUUACAGAUCUUUUCCAGUUCCGUUACUGUGGUAGAGACCGAAAACCAGACAACCAGUUUAUUUGAAGAUUACGAUUUUCUCAUAAUUCUACUCGCUUUGUUUGGAAUUCUUGUCGGCGGUGGUCUUAUCUGGGAAUAUUUUUAUUACAGACCAAAGAUAGAGCGCGUUAACAAAGUAAACGAAGACUUUGAAAUGGAGGGCGAUGACGGAAGAAAGGAAUCAGAUAAGGCCAUCUUGUACUCAAAUGAAGUCGAAGAAAUGUGUGAGGAAUGCAGGGCUAAAGUAGAGCACAUCAUGAAAGAAGAAGGAAAGAAAAGAUGGCAGAGUAUGCAGACCAUAAUAAGUCCGUUGGACGGAUUUUCUAUCAUCGGCAGUCAAUUAAGUUCUAUCCCUGGUGUUUCAUCUAUUAGAAGAAUUGGUUCAGAGAUUCCCCACAAUGUUCAAAACCUGACGAGAAAAUCGAAAAAGAACAAAAAAGUAGAUGAGUUGCAAGCGUAAACCGAUGAUUAGAAAGGAUUGCCACUCAGUGAUAUAUUUCCGUGUGUCAGUAUUUAGAAAGCAUUGCACCAAGAUUGUUCAAGGGGAGGACUAAGAAGUACAUGUCGUGUGAAAAAAAGGAAUCAGAGCAUGUGACCAAGAUUGUCCAAGUAAAUAUAAAGUAGACGAUUUGAACUACAUUGAACACUUCUUGGAAUAUAAACGAUCCAAACUUUUCCAUACUGAAUGAUUUCGCCUUAACAAAUAUAUGAGCGACCAAGGGCUAGCAUUUUCCGUGGGCAUUCAGUUUUAGCUUUUUUAGAACUCAGUGUCUAUUUAUUGAACGUUCGUGAGGUGAUAUGUUACAGACAGAUCAGAUCACGUUCUUGUCCCAAUUUCUUGGGACUUAUCUCAUUUUACUGAAAUCCUCAAUCACCACAUUGCUCUUUACAUCCGUUUUGAUACAAAUAACUUUUUCCAUGUUCAGGCUGUAACUAUCAUCUUAGAACCGAUGCCUUUAUCUAUAGAUUUCGUCAACGUUUUCCUUAUCAAGUUUUUAGUUAAUGUAGGAUUUUCUUCUACAACAAGAGUUUAAAUAGCUUAUAAGUCUCCACAUAGUGGAUUGAUUAGUGUCUCACAGAUUACAACGGUGACUAAAAUAAAAGACAUUGAAUGCCUAACCAAUCAGCUUUGCCAAAAUCGUAAUGCAAGCCUCCUCAACACGAUAGAACUGGAACCACGAUCACAAGUGGCUGUGUAUUUUUGUUACGCGAAUCGUUUAGUGUGGUUCCUAUGGAAAUUAAUUAACAUGUGGUAAAACUUUGGUAACAGCCGUAUCGUGUAAUAAAUACUUCAUUGAAAGAUUUUAUGAGGGGGGAUACUACGCGACUCGUAAAAUAUCCGUAUAUUUAACAAUUAUUCCACGAGCGCGCGUUAGAUAUGAGAUGAUAGAUAGCCAACGAGGCGCGU